AUGCAGACCCGUAUUGCUCUGGACCCUGACACAAUCUGUGAUGCCUGUACCUACAAAGGCAAGGAUGGGAAAAGACAACGACCUAUUUGGAAAGACAGUAAAACUGGAAAUCAGUACAGACCUUCUUACAACAUUUCUCCUGGUCAUCACACGCCUGUGAUGUUAUCAAGCAAGCACUGUGCAUCAGAACUUGAGCCACUCACUGAACGAGUUAUCCAGCCAAUGUACUGGGGCCUGGUACCCUCAUGGCAUAAGGGUGACCCCAAAAAAAUGGCCUAUGGCACAAACAAUUGCAAAUCUGAGACUAUGUUAGAAAAAAGGACUUUCAAAACUCCUCUGGAAAAAGGACGUCGUUGUGUUGUCUUAGCUGAUGGAUUUUAUGAAUGGAAAAAAGAAGGUGGAGUGAAGCAGCCCUAUUUUUUCACCUCCUCUCUGGAGAGCUCCAUUAAAUCUGAAAGUGAAGACAUAAAACCAGGAAAUGACCUCCUGAAAUUUGAUCCAAAGGAACAAGAAAGGAAAUCAAAGCAGGAAAUUAAAUCUGAACCAGGCCAAGAUGAAAUGACAGACAGAGAGGAGAAAGAAAGCAUUGAAGAAAAGAAGCCUCUUUUGAUGAUGGCUGGUGUUUUUGACAUCUGUUAUAAAUCUGACGGCUCAGAACCUUUGUACAGCUACAGUGUUCUUACGGUGCCUGCAUCGUCUAUCAUGACUAAUAUACAUCAUAGGAUGCCGGCAAUUCUAAGCAAUGAAGAAGAGGUCGAAAAAUGGUUGAAUUUUGAUGAAGUUGCUCUCAAAGAAGCUGUGGAUGUGAUCAAAUCUCAAGAAUGUCUGAAGUUCUCUCCUGUGUCAACAUUUGUUAAUAAUUCUCAAAACAACAGUCCAGAGUGCAUCAAACCAAUUGUUGAAAGUAAACCAAAGAAUCUUUUGACAAACUGGCUAUCUGGUUCCAAAAAGAAAACCAAGGAAGAACUAAAGGAAGAAGAUGAAGAGGAGGAGGAAAUCGUCUCCAAGAAAGUUAAAUUAGAAAAGUAA